UCUAAAAGUCUCCUCCCCGCAACCACUAGAUUCGGCGAGCCGAACCCGCUCUCUUUCAGUCCGUAUUAUAACUUCUUCCCACGGACCUACUCCUACCUCGUUGGGUACCGAGAGACAGUUUGGAAUACUAUCAUCACGGAUUGAGUACGAUUUUAUCCGGAUGACGACUCCAUCAACAAGAAUUUUGUAAAAGAAAACUGGUCGGAAAUUUCAGAAUAUGUGGACGGGACCUUAAUCAGCAUCCUGGAAGUGGAAAGCACUGAAGCGCUGUGUCCCACACCGCAGACAGGUGCAGUGUGUAGCCGGAGCAGCACAGAGGGAGGAAGCUCUGGGGAGGAGGCGGUGCAGCAGCGCACCCCUCCGGCUGUGAAUGUGCUGGGUGACAACCCCCAGGCUGCGCAAAAUGUGGCCGCUGCGCCUCUCCCACCACUGGAUAACACGACCACGUCACACCCUGAAAGACACGGACGCGUCAGUGAAAAUAACACACCCACAGAGACUCACCCCAACGACAACACUAAGGACAGCCUUGAAAGAGGGGCAAUGUCAGAUAGUGGUGGUGGAGGAAGAUUGGGCCCGUUGCACCCCAAGGACCCUAGUCUCUCUACAAAGUCCCAUUCAGACAGACUCUCUGACACACAGACAGACGGAACAGCGCAAUAUUCGCAUUAUGUGUCACAAACUGAUAACAGCAGCCACACAGACAGACAAACGAGCGGUACAGAGUGGAGUGCUGCUGGACCAGGCCAGGACCAGGCUCUGCAUCAGAGAGUUGCAGGUGGACUGGUGGGCGUCAGUGGGACAGAAAGGGGCCAGCCUCUCCCAGAGAAAUUGGAAUAUAAACAAGAGACUGGAAUCGAGGAACUUGGCAGAGAACACCCAGCUAGAAACCUUCCCUCUAAAUCCUGCUCAACAGUGUCGCCACGUCCCCUCGGCCCAAAUAAAGAUACAGUCCCAGACCACAACGAAGACAGAGGGAUGGAGCAGCCUCAAACAACUCCGCCGACUCAGGCAAAUCAGGCCAGCGACAUACCUCUGUCUGAAGUCCAAGAACAAGCAGGCAUUCUCCCAAAUUCUGAGCAGCCUAUCCCCCCAGUGCUCAUCACUGACAACAGUAAGAAGAAACAAACAGACAUCUCCACAGAACCUAAAAUCACGCAGAACUCAAAUUACGACCAAGAAGAGAUACAGGGAGCUAAUGCGGUGGAUCAGGGACCACAAGAAUCUGAGAGAUCUACAGAACCGUCUGAGAGUAGACAUGUCACACUUGGGAGUUCACAAACGCUACUCCCAGACCCACCAACUGACAUAUCCGGGACCCCACAGUCAAGAGAAACAUACUCUGGUCUUGUCCCCUACACGCCCCCUGGCAGUGGUAAUUCCACCCCAGACUACACAACUGACAGACAGGAGAGUGAGCGCGAUAUCCAGACAAAUCCCCCUCUCCCAACAGAAGAACGGAUUGAGACUAACAGGGCAAAGGAGACUGAAACGGCCAAGCACUCACCCAACUUUACAAUCCGGUCACAAAGCUCUUUUCUACAGGAGACAACAGCAACAACCCCUCCUAUACACCACCUCCCCAGUACAGAAAUAGAAUUAAUGCAGACAGAACAAUCUAUUGAAGUUCAGAUGUCUAAUCCUGACCACAAAACCAGGAUGGAGACUCCACUGGUCUCUGAGCUCGUGCUGUCAGCUGAUGCUCAAGGAGCUGUGAUGCAUGGAGGAGAGACCAGCCUGGAGUUGCCUGAGGAGGUCCAGGUGGAUCAGUGUGUCUUCCUGGAAGAACAUCUUGUCAGUGGUGAUACUGCUGUUAUUGAAUUCAACUCUGAGUAUUCUGACAGAGAACCAAAGUCGUUUAUUGAAGGGACCCAUUCGGAUAUCGAAAUGGACCCACUGGCUGCAGGAGAAUUUGAGAUUUAUAGCUUUGUGGAGGAGGAGAUUGCGAUAGAAGUUGUUGGAGAGAGACCGUCCCUCUCCCCAAGCUACGAAGUAAACUUAUUCACCCCACUCAUGGAACACUCUGAGAAUUGUACAGCCAGUGAGGGACGAGAAAUACACCUGCUAUCUCACCCUCAAGCGAGUAAUGACAAUGAUCAAGUCAUUAUCCAGCAUCAAAAUGACUUUACCCCUAGUCUGUCCACACAAGAUGUAGAGAUGACAGAUGAAGGGCAGAUUUUUGAGCCCACAACUACUGAAAUUGACAAUACUGUGUUGGAAGAUUCAAGUGAGGUUUGUGUAGUCCAAACUGUCACAGUAUCAGAUACUCCAGAUGGACAGACGGACACCUGUACACAAGCUGCAUUACCUUGUCUGGAGACCAGCACAGCUGUCUCAGACAAUAGAGGGGUGAGCAUUUCCCCAGCCACAUGUCUGAGUGACACACAAACGCUGCCAGGGGAAACGGAAGUGAGAGCAAUGGCCAGUACAUCUUCUCUUGUCUCCCCAAUGGAAGAAUUAACAGAGGGGGUUGUUGUACAGUCAAACAGUCAACACAGUAUUGAGGUCCUCUCGUCCCCAAUUACCAUACACUUGCCAGAGGGUAGAAAGCAGAAUUGUCCUCUAAAAAAGGUACCAGGAGCCACCUUACAAAAUACUACAGAACCCAAGCCCUGUGUUUCUUCUCAUGAAGGGACCAAAUAUCCACAGCCCUGUCCAACACUGACAGAAACCCCAGUGGAGACCCAGCAGGAUGUUUAUCGUACCGUUAAUGUGACAGCAACCGAGGCCAACCCAGAGGCUUCCCGGUCCACGCUCUCUUCUGGCAUCAUCGACCCAAAACUCCUCCUACUAAAGCGUGGGGACACCCCUCUCCUCAAACAUCCUCCCUCCUUAUUGUUGGGGGUAUCUAGGCAGCAGAGCAGCAGCCUGACGCAGGCUAGCACUAGCAGCUUCAGCUGUGGCUCAGACACAGCACCUGUAUUAGAGUGCCUUCCGAAAGCUGUGUCAGUCGCUGUGCCUUUGCCGGAGCCUGUGCCUGUAAGCAGUCAUAGAGACCAGACAGAGCCCUCUGUCAAGAGAGAACCCACAGCAGCACCUCCUGCUAUUCCCGCUACCAACACCCCAUCCCAGUCCCGUAUGACCCCUCCAUCUACUCCCACACCAUGCAAAUCUGACAAAGAGGCCUUAACUCAUCCACGGGCAUCCACGGGCAAAGCAGUGACUGUGUCUCAAACCCUAAACCCUCUGAAAAUCAUCAAUGCAUCUUCCAAGCCCCUCUCUGCCCCCAAAUUGCCCUCAACAUCAGGCAAUGUGACGAGGCGUAAACUCUCCAGUUCCUCCAGGGGUGGGAGCCAGUCCGGACCACCGCCUGUCAUCCGGCCACGGCUAGCCGGUGUGAAGGGCCCGGGGCUCAGCAGCCCCACGGAGGAGAGCAGUGAUGAGGCUGACCUGGCAGUGAAGGCCCAGCCUAGCCGCAGGAGCAUGGUCAACCCCAGCCCAGCAGUGAGCAAGGUACGCCAGUGGAUAGCAGACAGGGUCACACAAAAUUGGUCACCUGCCUCCUCAUCCACUUCAUACCCCUCUCCUGGCCUAUCAUCCUUCAUUGACUGGACUCCCAGCACUACUCCCCUCAUACUCCGAGGUGCCCAGGGCAGGUUCCUCUCUCCUCCCUUUAUGGGCCCAGGAGGCUCCUCCCCAUCGGACCCUGUCACUCCCCAUCGACCCCGCAUGGAGCGUCACGCAGACAUGGCUGAACUAGCCAAACACGAGGCGGAGAUAGAGGGCAGGACCGUAGCGUUGAGGAGGGAAGGCUUUUGGUCUAUGAAGCGACUGACCCGCCUGACGGAGCCAGUCCGGCCCAAGGUUCACUGGGACUACCUGUGUGAGGAGAUGCAGUGGCUCUCGGCCGACUUUGCCCAGGAGAGGAGGUGGAAGAGAGGGGUCGCCAGGAAGGUGGUGCGGAUGGUGAUGCGACAUCACGAGGAGCUGCGGCAGAAGGAGGAGAAGGCCAAGAGGGACGAGCACGCCAAAAUCAGACGAGUCGCCUCCAACAUAGCCAAGGAGGUCCGGGCCUUCUGGAGCAGUAUUGAGAAGGUGGUGCAGUACAAGCAGCAGUCCCGGUUAGAGGAGAAGAGGAAGAAGGCUCUGGACCUCCAGCUGGACUUCAUCGUGGGCCAGACAGAGAAAUACUCUGACCUCCUCAGUCAGGCCCUGGAAACGGCACCGGCUGGGAACAGUGAACCUGCACCCUCACCACCCAGAAAAUCUCUUCCACUUGUUGUGGAUGAAGAUGACAGAGACUUUGAGCCUCCGUGUGGUGGUGAGGAGGAGGAUGAUGAUGAGGAGACCAUCGACGUGGAGGAGGAACAGGAUGGCAAUGACCCUGAGACCCAGAGGAGGGAGAUUGAGCUGCUGAGACAGGAGGGGACCAUGUCCCUGGCAGAGCUGCUCAGCACCCUCAAACAGCCCCUUUCACAGGACUCGGAAGAAGAGUGCUCAGACAAUUUGUCCACAACAGUGGACGAAGACGCAGAGUUCACAGCCAACGAAGAGGAUGCUGAAGAUGAGGAGGACACCAUCGCAGCCCAAGAGGUGGUGGAGGGGGAAGCAGAUCACGCAGGCGAGCUGGAUGACUUGGCCAAAGAAGGUGACAUGACUGUGGAGGAGCUGCUGGAGAAGUACAAAGGAGCGUAUGCCUCUGAUUUCGAGGAGCCCUCGGCAUCUGCCUCUCCUGCCAGCUCCGAGGAGUCUGAAAAUUCUGUAGACGAGGAAGAGGAGAGCGAGGAAGACGAAAGUGACGUGGAAAGCAACAUCACCACCUCAGAUAAUGAGGACAGUGAUGAGGAAGAGGUCAUUGACAAUGAUGAAGAGGACAGUGAUGAAGACGAGUGCGACGAGGGAAUGGAGAUCCUGCUGAAGGAGGGGGACCACAGUCCCCCUCUCCCAACCGGCCCGCGGCCCAAGAAGGAGAUCAGCCACAUUGCUGCUACUGCAGAGAGCCUGCAACCCAAAGGCUACACCCUUGCCACAACCAAGGUUAAGACUCCCAUUCCGUUCUUGCUGGUGGGCCAGCUGCGUGAGUACCAGCACAUCGGCCUGGACUGGCUGGUCACCAUGUACGAGAAGAAGCUCAACGGCAUCCUGGCUGACGAGAUGGGCCUGGGGAAGACCAUCCAGACGAUCGCCUUGCUAGCUCACCUCGCCUGUGAGAAGGGUAACUGGGGGCCCCAUCUUAUUAUCGUGCCAACCAGUGUGAUGCUGAAUUGGGAGAUGGAGCUGAAGCGCUGGUGUCCUGGAUUCAAAAUCCUCACUUAUUACGGCAGUCAGAAGGAGAGGAAACUCAAGAGACAGGGUUGGACCAAGCCCAACGCCUUCCACGUGUGCAUCACCUCCUACAAGCUGGUGCUGCAGGACCACCAGGCCUUCCGUCGCAAGUCCUGGCGCUACCUCAUCCUGGACGAGGCCCAGAACAUCAAGAACUUCAAGUCCCAGCGCUGGCAGAGCCUGCUCAACUUCAACAGUCAGAGGCGCCUGCUCUUGACGGGCACCCCUCUGCAGAACAGCCUGAUGGAGCUGUGGUCCCUGAUGCACUUCCUCAUGCCCCACGUCUUUCAGUCUCACCGAGAGUUUAAGGAGUGGUUCUCCAACCCCCUCACCGGCAUGAUCGAGGGCAGCCAGGAGUACAAUGAGGGCCUGGUCAAGAGGUUACAUAAGGUGCUCAGGCCGUUUCUGUUGAGGAGAAUCAAGGUGGAUGUGGAGAAGCAGAUGCCUAAGAAAUAUGAGCAUGUGGUGCGCUGCCGUCUGUCCAAGAGACAGCGCUUCCUCUACGAUGACUUCAUGGCACAGGCCUCCACCCGGGAAACGCUGGCCAACGGUCACUUCAUGUCUGUGAUCAACAUCUUGAUGCAGCUCCGUAAAGUGUGUAACCACCCCAACCUGUUUGACCCGCGGCCCAUCCACUCCCCCUUCAUCACCAAGCCCAUCGUCUUCCACACGGCCUCCCUGGUACAGAGAGCCCUGGAGAUCUCCCCAUUCAAGCGCGGUGACCUGUCUUUGUUUGACCUGGUGGGUCUAGAGGGCAGCGUGUCCAGGUACAAGGCCGACGUGUUUCUGCCCCGCCGGAAGGUCAGCGGCCAGCUGAUCCAGGAGGUCAUGGAGUCCCCCGACCCUCCUCCCCGCCCCAAACCUGUCCGUAUGAAGGUCAACAGGAUGUUCCAGCCCUUACCUAAGGCUGAUGGUUGCACGGUGCUGAUGGUGAACAACCCUCGGCUCACCUGCCCGGUCACCCCUGCUGCUCAGGCCCCAAGGCCCCGUCUCAUCCAGGAUGUGACCCCAACCCUCACCCCUUCACCUCUAGUCCAACAAGCGGUGUAUUCAGUGGCACCCACUGCCCCUUCACGCCCGCCUGUGCACCCCAGCAGCCCCUGUGCAGUGGGAACUGUCGUGAGGUCUGGCUCCCCAAUGCCAGUCCUGGCUGUGCGCUCGCCCACCGCCUCCUGCAACCCCGCCACCCAUUCCACCCCUCCUUCCAGCAACGUCAUGACCCAACGGGUUCUGCUCAGCCCAGACAUGCAGGCCCGACUUCCCUCUGGGGAGGUAGUGAGUAUCGCCCACCUGGCCUCGUUGGCUGGGCGUCCUGUGUCGUCGUGCCAGGGCAGUAAGCCUGUUACCUUCCAGCUGCAGGGCAACAAGCUCACCCUGUCUGGAACCCAGCUCCACCAGGUCCCUGUGGCCCCUCCACGCCCAGUACAAGGUAACUUCAUGCAUCUGGUGACCAGCGGAGGGCAGCACCACCUCAUCAGCCAGCCAGCCCAGGUAGCAGUGUUCAGUUCAGCCAACACCCAUGCUGCCACCCCCUCUCCCGCACCCUCGGAAAUCCAGCUUCCUCUCAACGCUUCUCAAGUGCCCUCCUCCAUGGUGACCAGCUCUGGGAUUGUGAAGAUCGUGGUACGCCAGUCAAGCAAGGAAGGAGGGGGUGUACCCACCCUGGCAGUGCCCCCUUCUCCCCGCGUAGCCCCCCAGGCGUCACCCUCCAUACACCACCAUGCCAAUACCAACAUUGCUCUGAGAUCCCCCCUUGCACAUUGCCACCCCGGACCCGUCACUGCUCAAUACACCCUGGCCCCACCUAGAACCCCUACGUCGGUCACAAUUAGAACCUCUACCCCAGCCCCUCCUCGUAUCCCUACCCCAGCCCCUCCUCGAACCCCUAUCCCAGCCCCUCCUCGAACCCCUACUCCUGCCCCACUUCAAAACCCUACCCCAGCCCCCAGUCAGUCUGAGCCCCCUCGCCCAGUGCUGAAGGUAGUAAAAGGGCCAGCCGAAACCAGCACAGAACAGAAAGCUCGUCUGAAUUCUUUGUCAACGCGCGAGGAGAGCAGCGACACUAAAUCAGCCGUUCCUAAAUCAGGGUCCCAUGUUGGUGGAUUUGUCCCCCCUCGACCUCGGGCACAACCUCGCCCACAUCCUCGCUCCCCCUUCUACAUGUCAUGGCUGGCAGACAGCCGCAAGAAGCAGCGAGACAGCCGCCUGGCCCAAAUCAUCCGGAUCAAUGACCUGCACUGCAGCGCCAAGCCUGUGUACGGCCAUGAGGUGCUGGACUUCCUCACCUUCCUCCCGGGCUCCUGCCCUGCUCCGGCCCCCAGGGCCCUGGGUCAGUGGGCCCGGUCGGGCCACACCGCCUGCUUAUUCGCCCAGUCCCACAGCACCGUGGACUACUGGGACCAAAGCCGCGCCCUGAGGGAGGCCAUCCACACCACUGAGGACAGGCUGCAGCUGCUCAAAGAUGUGAUAGAAAGGUUUACGUUUGUGAUCCCACCGGUGGAGGCUCCGACCAUCACCAUGCACAGCUGCCACCCCCCUCCAUCUCUGAGCCACAAGCAGGCCGUGUUCACCUCGCUGCUCUCCUCCCAGGUGGCCCCGCUCACACGCAGUCUGCACCGCAUCCAGUGCAACAUGAGGACCCACUUCCCUGACCUGAGGCUGAUCCAGUACGACUGCGGUAAGCUGCAGACGCUCCACACUCUGCUGCGACGGCUGAAGGAGGGCCAACACCGCGUGCUCAUCUUCACCCAGAUGACCCGCAUGCUGGACGUGCUGGAGCAGUUCCUUGGCUAUCAUGGGCACAUCUACCUUCGCCUGGACGGCAGCACCCGUGUCGAGCAGAGACAGUCCCUGAUGGAUCGCUUCAACGCRGACCGCCGCAUCUUCUGCUUCAUCCUGUCCACGCGUAGCGGUGGCGUGGGGGUGAACCUCACGGGCGCCGACACGGUGGUGUUCUACGACAGUGACUGGAACCCCACCAUGGACGCCCAGGCCCAGGACCGCUGCCACCGCAUCGGACAGACCCGCGACUGGGCCGAGGGAGGGGAGGGAACUACCACAGGAAAAUGGACACUCAGCCAGGAAAAGAAGGCAACGCGUCCUCGGGCACUAAUGUUGCUAACUCGACCCCGCCGUUGAAACGAAAGAGGGGCCGACCACCCAAGACUCCCCUCAGGGUGGUGGAACCCCAGCCAGAGCAUCUAUCCCCUCCCCACCCUAAGUUACCAAGUGAGGAGGGGAGCCCCCCCUUCUCCCCAAAACGCAAGAGAGGUCGUCCCCGUAAGAACUUGACUACUGUAACGAAUGCAGUGGGUGCAGGAAAGAACUCAAACGCCCCCACUGCCAGCACCACCAGCCAAGCUGGUACCCUGUCUGACACUGCUGCUGCGGACACAGAGCCACUAGCCCCGUCUGCCCCCACUAAGCCUCAAACUGUGGCCACCUCUGCUGUCUGCACCAGCCAAGCCUCUCCGUCUACCAAAGCUGAGGACUCCACCGCAACAUUAAAAGCAGACACUAAGACUGAGUUCCCUACCACAACCCCAACUGCUAUCCUUGCGUCAAGCCCAGCUCAAGUCCUUACCACAACUGCUAUUCCUGCGCCAAGCCGAACUCAAGUUCCCACCUCAAUUCCAAUCUCUGUCUCCACCUCAAACUCAACCGAUGUCCCUGCCUCAAGCUCAUCUUCCAUUUCCACCUCUGUUCCAGUUGCAGUCCCCUCCACAAGCUCACCCACAGUCCCCGCCUUAAACUCAACCUCUGUUCCUGCCUCCAGCUCACCCACAGUUUCCACCCCAAGCUCACACACAAUAUCCUCAUCGAGGAUGACCUUUGGUCAUGCCUCAAGGUCAACCUCUGGUCCCAUCCGAAUUCCAACCGCAGUCCUCACCUCAACACUGGCCCAAUUCCUCACUUCAAGACCUAGAGUCACCACUUCACCGCCAGUCUCCACUUCUCCAUCAAUCUCCACAACAACUACCACACAAAUCUUCACCCCUACCCCCAACAAGAUUUCCACUCCUCCCCUCGCCCAAAUCACUAUCCCUACUCCAGCUCUAGCCCAAAUCCCCAAAAUUGCCACAUCGGCCUCUACUCCAACCUGCACCCCCACACCAACAUUCACACAUGUCAAACCAACCCUUACUCCGGUCCCUACCGCAGUUGUCACAACCAAUCUACCAACACUUAGUAAACCCACCACAACCUCAAUCGCAAAUCUAACCACAAUUUCCACACCAGCCCCACCCAGAAUUGUCACCACCGUUACACCAGCCCCAACCACAGCCGCCACAGCAGCUCCUGCCACAACCUCCAUACCAUCUUCUACCAAAAUCACCACACCAGGCCCUACGCCAACCAUCACGUCAACUGCUACACCAGACCCUACCACAACUGUCACAAAUGUCAAACCAACCCACACACCGGUCCCUACCGCGAUCACCACAGCCUCUGUUCCAAUUCCCAACACCAUCCCCGCAGCAGCCCCAACCAGAAUUGUCACCACCGUUACAGCAGCUCCUGCCACAACCUCCAUAACAACUUCUACCAAAAUCACCUCCACACCAACCAUCACAUCAACUGCUACACCAGAUCCUACCACAACCGUCAAACCAACCCACAGACCGGUCCCUACCGCGUACACCACAACCUCUGUUCCAAUUCCCAACACCAUCCCCGCAGCAGCCACAACCAGAACUGUCACCGCUGUUACUGCAGCCACUACCACAACACCAAACCCCACCCCUUCCCAAGUACCCACCACCAAAAUCCACACCCAGAUAUCCACUCCAAGUUCAACACAAGUACCCCCCCUAGCCCAAAUUCCUGUUACAUCCAGCAUCUCCACUGCUGUGGCUGCCACCGAGAACCAGGCUUUGGAGCCUGCUCCAGUGGAGACUGCCCAUAACAGAGACACAGAGAAGAUAACAGACAUGGAGGUAGAAGAGGAUGGAGAAGAGGAGAUUAGUGACUCUCAACGGAAAAAGAGGAAAGUGGAGAAUUCUCUUGAAGCCAAAGACACUGUCCCAGAGGCCCCAGUGGCUCCUCGGCCAGAAGCAACUGAUAAACAGAAGGUAGAGGAGAGCGUCGGCGACGACAGAGCCACCAGCAAGAAGAGGCCUCUCAGUCGCCAGAGCAGUCAGGAGUCUGUGCGCUCCUCCUCUCCCUCCUCAGUGUGUUCCACAUCCACUCCCACACGGUCAGCCCAACACAAGAAGGGUGCAGAGAAGAGGGCACCUGCCAAGAGGAUGCGAGGGGAGGUUUGCUCUGACCCAGAGAAGGGAGAGGGAAAGACAGAGAAAGAUUUCACCAAUGCUACUCAGAGGAGGCAGUCCAGGUCCUCCUCUUCAGACUCUGACACCUCUGAAACCAGGAAGGAGCGCCUCCUCACCCGCUCAGCCCAGAGCCGACAGGAGACCGAGGGGGAUGGAGAGAGCAACGGGCGGAUUGGAAGACCCGCCAGGAGCUCUGAACGUGUGGGCAGGACUGUGUCCAACAACACCGGUACUGAUGAGUCUGGCAGCCAGACAUCCUCUGUGAGAGUCACCCGGAAAUCCUCUGUUCCUCAGCCCACCCCAGAGAGAAAACCCCAGUCCAACAGUGUGCCCUCUAGCCCUAGCCAGCCAGAGGUCCUAGGGAAGAGGUGUUCAGCCCUGAACGCUGCAGCCAAACUCCUUGCCAUGCGAGGCAGAAUCGACACCCCUGGCAGCAGGAAAGACCCUGCGGCUAAGACCAGUGGGCAGAAUGCCACUUCUCCUGCUUCCUCUGAUAAGAACCAGAAGUCCAAAUCUAAAAGUGCACCAGCCACUCCGCAAACCAACUGCAACAACAAAGUAGGAAGCAGCAAGACAACAACCCCAACCCAGUCAAGCCGCACCGCCGCACGCUCCACCCGCCAGUGCCCUGGUCCCCUCGUCCCGGCCUUGGAGACGAACAGCAAGAGGGGGAGCAAAAAGGAGGAGAAGGAGAAGGAAAAGAAGAAGCCCUCCGAGGGAAAGGAGGAGAGUGAGCGGGAGGCGCGCUCGUCCAGGGGCCACAGUGCAUGCAGCAGCAUGAGUAGCGAUGGUGGCGGCAGCAGCAGGAGCCAGAGCAGCAGCAGUAGCCUCAGCUCCCAGAGCACCGGGCCCAGGCGCAACUACUCACGAGCACCCUCCUCCGGCAGUGAACGUGAACGCAGCACCGAGAGGGGCAGGAGGCGCAGCCACAGGAAGGAAGGAGAGGGCCGGGGGAGGGAGACCCGGAAGGAAAGAAAGGAGAGGCACGCCCAGAAGCGGGAGAGGCUUUCCCAGGAAGGGAACGCCGGCUCGGGAGAGGGCACCCCGGACAGGGUGCUGCGCAGCGUGGCGGCUAUGGCAGCGGCUCAGGCCCGCACACCAGCCGCUAACACCCGCUCCUCCUCUGCCCAACACAGCAAGACAUGAUGGGAGGACUAGAGAUGAGGAGUGAGGGAUUCUGACUGGAAAAAUAGAGGGGUAGGUUGUAACAGAGGGGAAAUGACCUCUAAAGUUGCUGCUUUGUCUACACUGACAGACCAGAGCAGAACAAUGAGUGUUGUGCAGGUCAGUGACCUCUCUCCCUCUUGGGCCCCUUUCCUCCCCCCCAACCCACAUUAAAGCUGGUCUCCUCUCCAGUUCAGCCAUCAUCAACUGGGGGAAAGGCUCAGGGAUGCCAGACUGUCUGCAAAGAGAAAGGUGGCACCAUGGUAGUGCCAUUCCAGAGGUGAGGUGUUGGUAGUCCUGAAGGUGUCACUUCAUACAGACAGUGGCUUGACUGCGGGGACUUUGUUGCGAGUGAGUAAAUUGUUAGUUCACACUAUGUACUGUAAAACAUUUAAAAAGACUGGAAUACUAAGAGAUGUAUGUGUCCGAGAGAGGUUUAAAUUGUGCCCUAUAUACAGAGUUUAUUCGCUGCCAGGGUUAUUGAUUCAAAAUAAGCUUGUGAGUGACAGUUGUAUCGUAAGAUGAAGAUUUUAGACAGUUGGGUUCUGGACAUAUUGUCAACUGUUCUGUUUCCAGUCAGUUGAUAAGUGAUGGAUAUUUUAUGGUUUCUUCCAUGGAAAUGGGAAGAGAGCAGAUCUGUAAAUGUGAUCUUUGCUGCACUAUGCUGGAGUUGGUCUUUGCUUGGGCCUCCCUAUCUUGUGAUUUUCUGCCCAUCUUUUUAAAUCCAGCCUGCAUUUUUUAUUUGCACAUCAGACAUGUUGUCCUCAGCAUAAUUUGAGUGCAUCGUUGUGUAGUAUUUUUUUUAUUUUUAUAUAUACAUACAUUUCAAUCAAAAUACUACUAUGUUCCUGUUACCUCACACAAUGCAUCUCUCAAGCUCUAAAUAUGUCUGUCUUUCUUGAAGAUAGUACUUAUUUUGCUUACUGGCAAUGCAGAAACAGGAGCAGAACUUUGAUUUAAUUCUCCUCACCUUUCCAAAGUCAGUCAGACAUUAUGGUCAACGUCAUGAAGUUGAUCUAAAAGGGUAUUGAAUCCUAGUGAAUAAAAUGAGUGCCUAUUAGGCCGAGCAGGUGGACGGAGAAUCCCAGUUUGCCUUGUCAAGUACCUGACGUUGGGGUGUUGUCAUUAGUACAAAAAAAACAACAACAAAAACACCUGUAAAUCACCCUAUGCAUCAGUGCUAUCAAAUUCUAUAUAAUUAUUUUUUACUAUUGUCAUUUCUUCAUUGCUCCUCUUUCAUGUAAGUACUUGGACAAAACAUGUGAAUAAAAAACUGGUACAGUUCCAGGUGGCUCUAUAUAUUGUCAAUUUACUUUGAGGACUUUGAGCUAUUUUUGGGCAGGGUGCUGUUUUGAGUGAAUGGGUGGAAUAUGGUAAUGGUCUUAUUUUGUUAUCUUGAUGUCUUUCAUUUGUUACAUUCCUCUGUUCCCUUGCAAUUCCACAUCGUUUUACUUGAAAGAUUAAAAGACAAUGAGUUGAAUAAAAAGACCAAAAAUGUA